AUGCGCGUCUUCGUAACAGGUGCCGCUGGCUUCAUUGGUCGUGCUGUCGUCCAGGAACUUAUUGACCAUGGUCAUCAAGUGCUUGGUCUCGCUCGUAGUGAUGCAUCCGCCGAGCUAAUCACUAAAGCUGGUGGACUACCUCAUCGGGGAGACUUGGAAGAUAUCGAGAGCUUGAAGAGCGGUGCAAGAGCUGCUGACGGUGUUAUUCAUCUAGCCUUCGUCCACGAUUUCAGCAACAUGGCAAAAUGCACAGCAAUCGAUAGAGCGGCCAUCGAAGCCAUGGGGGAAGCGAUGGCUGGCACCGGAAAACCACUUGUCAUAGCUUCUGGCAUAUUGUUUUUACCCAAGGGAACCCUGACCACAGAAGAUACCGAACCUGAUCGAAACCAUCCUUUUGCCGAGCGUGGGCUGUCUGCAGAUCUGGUCUACCAACUGUCAAAGGAAAAGAAUAUACGCGGUUCAGUGAUCCGACUCUCACCUACAGUUCACGGCAAAGAAGACAAAGGAUUUAUCCCAGCGUUGAUCAAUCUAGCACGUCAAAAAGGCUUUGUAACUUACGUCGGUGAUGGUUCAGCUCGAUGGCCUGCCGUUCACCGAUUGGAUGCUGCGGUUCUAUUUCGUCUUGCACUCGAAAAAGGUACCGCUGGCGCGACCUACCAUGCCGUUGCUGAACAAGCCAUACCGAUCAAAGACAUCAUGACUGUGAUCGGCAAACAUCUUCAGCUGCCUGUGCAAAGUAAAUCUUUGAAUGAAGCUGCCGAGGCUAUUGGUUUCUUUGCCCAUGUGAUCAGUUCGGACAAUCCCACCUCAAGUGAGAAGACCCAGAAGGAACUGGGAUGGCACCCCAGUCAACCUAAAUUGCUUGAUGACAUAGAAGCGAACUACUUCUCUUCGGAAAGCAAAGCGAAAUAUUCUUCAUAA